GGAGUCUGACAAGUAAAGAACAUCUUCUCCUUCAUUCAGCCGCAACAAGCGUCGACAAUCAGCUGAGAAGAAUUGAGCAAAUUAUUUACCUUCUAGCUUCUUCCCGGACGGUAACGAUCAGCAAGGUCUCGGCUCUCCACACGCAAUUAUCGAACGAGUGAAGGCCACCCUGAGAGCCGUCAAUAGGGAAAGGAACGGAGCAGAGAUUUGGAGGAGGGUGGGGGUCUUCGCCACACAUGCCCUUUUUUGUGGACCUGUAAGGAACAGCACCGACCCCGAGCCUCUGUCUGUGCUGCUGCAGUUCUCUAAAAGCUGUUGAUGCGGAGGUGAUGGACGGUUCUUUCUGUCGCCCAGCGGGGGUCCUCGGUUCCCCCCUGGCUUCUGGGAGCCGGCCCGCGGGCUCAGACAUCCUCGCCUUUAGCGGGAGCAGCAAGCCUCUCUCUUUUUCCAUCGACCGGAUUAUGGCCAGGACACCCGAACCCAGGUCGAUUCCGCUUCCCACCUGGUACCAGCCCGCUCCCGCGGGAAACCCCGAUGCGUGCCCGUCUUCGCUCCAUUGUAUGAUUCCACUGGUGCCGCUUGGAUACGAAACGGCGCACCGGUUCAGCAUACCCGGUCUGGAAGGAAGUCACUUUGACACCUGCUCUCUGCCGGCCUCAGCGGAGAUUUUCGGCUUUGGACUGAACUGUACGAACCCACAAGAGGACGCUUCUGUCAGCCAAACUAUCGGCCAGUACAAACUCUUCAGACCCCGGGUCGUCAACCAGUCGUCCUUGUCCGCUAUGGGGACCGUGUGCUACCUGAACUGCAGCGGAGACGGCGGCGCCUGCACCCAAACCACCGGUCUGGUCAACCUGCACCCAAUGGCGUCGUAUCUGCUGACCGCCCGUCACAAAGCUCUGAUGGUGGAGAAAAGCAAAGCCAGCCUGCAGCCUCCGAGUGAGCGCUUCUCAAUCUCAGCGUCUCAGCAGAGCCACGUCCAGAAUUACAUGAAGGACCGGGAUCAGAUGCUGAAAGGCUCCGCGGCAGCCGUCCGGCUCGGCGCCUCCUGCCACAACAGCAAGCCCAAAGUUUUCACCUGUGAGGUCUGCGGGAAGGUGUUUAAUGCGCAUUACAAUCUGACGCGCCACAUGCCCGUGCACACGGGCGCCCGGCCUUUCGUGUGUAAGGUCUGCGGGAAAGGUUUCCGCCAGGCAAGCACGCUCUGCCGGCACAAGAUCAUCCACACUCAGGAAAAGCCUCACAAAUGUAACCAGUGUGGAAAAGCCUUCAACCGGAGUUCCACCUUAAACACGCACACACGCAUCCACGCAGGCUACAAACCUUUUGUGUGUGAGUUUUGUGGGAAAGGAUUCCAUCAAAAAGGGAACUACAAGAAUCACAAGUUGACCCACAGUGGGGAAAAACAAUUUAAAUGUUCCAUCUGCAGCAAGGCAUUUCAUCAGGUCUACAACCUCACCUUCCACAUGCACACGCACAAUGACAAGAAGCCCUUUACCUGUCCCACUUGUGGUAAAGGUUUCUGCAGGAACUUUGAUCUGAAGAAACAUGUCAGGAAGCUGCAUGACCCAGCUGGUGGCCAGUCACCCCUGGAGUCUUGAGAGACCUGAACAAUCACCCUGUCUCACUUAUCCCCUGUUGCCUGUCAGAAAUGUGUGAACGUAAACCCUUCUACAUCUUCAGGUGUCAGAAAAAAGGGUUAAUAAAAAUCAUAUUUCAUUUUGUGCAUUUUUUUAACACACAACUGAUUAAUGAAGAUGGGUAUUGUAAAGUAUUUAAACCAUAAACCCCAAUGCUAUGAUUUUGAAACAUGUCUCCUUAUGUUUGUUUUUCUAAAAUACAGCAAACAUAUUAAACCAACCACUUAAGUCAUUUUACAGAAUUCAUAAGUUUAACAAUUUUACACGUUUUUUAAUUAUUGCUUUUCUUUUCUUUUUUUGCUUGCUGGGCUGAGCUUAGUGCUUUUGCCUGGUUCAAAUCCCAGCUGGGACCUUGCUGUGUGGAGUUAGCAUGCUCUUACCAUACAUGUGUGGGUUUUCUCCAGGUACUCUUGUUUCUUCCCACAGUCUAAAUACAGUCUUCAUAAGUUAAUUGGUAACUCUAAAGUGUCCCUUGGGAUGUACAAGUACGUGUGUGGUGAAGUGUGUUUGCCCUGUGACAGACUGGCAGUCUGUCCAGGCAGUACUUUGCCUUCACCCAACAGUUUAGCCAGGACAGGCUCUGGCAUCCCCAUGACCCCCACAGAGAUAUAGGGGCUUAAUAAAAUGGAUGGAUGGUUUUUUUUUGUUAUUGUAGCAUUUUUAAUUCAGUCAUAAAUGUUCUUUAACAACUAUAUUUCAGUGACUACGUUGACAUGUAUUCAGAAUAUUAUGAAUAAAAAAUACCAUAUUCAGAAUACUUAGUUUACCUUCUUUUAAGAAUAUUUGAGUAAUACACUAUCAGCAGUUGUGACAUCAUGAGAGUGCAUUGAUUUUUUGUUAACAAGUCUCUUAAGGCCAAGAAAAUGAUAACUGCAAGAAAUUGUGUACACAUUUAUAUUUUUACCAGUGCAGCAGUCCAGAGAGGCAGGUGAGGCUGUGCCUUACCUGCAAAA